AUGGCUGCAGGUCUAAAGAAAGUCCCGAAAAGCGUCUUGGUGUUUGGUGCCAGCGGCCGAGUGGGUUCCCAGGUGAUCCAUGUUCUUCAACAAGAACAGCCUGAUAUACGAAUGAGGCUAGUCACCACUAGUGAAUCCAAGAAACCCGAGCUUGAAAAGGCAUGGCAAUCGUCAGAAGUCGUGAUAGCUGACUUUUUUAAUGAACCGUCGCUUCACGAUGUUGUAAAAGACAUGGAAGGUGUCUGUGUCGUUACUCCUGGUUCCGUCAAUGGACAAACAGCCAUGACCAACUUGGUCAAGGCCCUGAAGGAGAGUGGAAACAAACUCAUUCACGUCAUUCGCAUGACGGCAAUGUUUCCGGAUUUCAACCCUCGCCGCAUUCCAAAGUGGCUUGUGGACCAUGGUCUUGGCUUGCCAAUUCAAUCGCCCAUUGCCAAAAAGGUUCUCGAAGAAAGCCUUCUUCCGGUGACCUUUGCCAACACCGGGACAACUUUCAUGGGAAAUUUCCUCUGGAUGAAGAGAAGCCUACGGGACGAUCACAAGUUGAUAUGGCCAAGCAGAGCUGUUCCGUACAUGGAUAUUGCGGACAUUGGAGAAGUCGUUGCGCGCCUGCUGUUGUCGCCAUAUGAGAGACAUAUUGGAGUCUUCCAUAACAUUAAUAACGGGACUGAUCUUCUCCGGGUUGAAGAUGUUGCCAAGGUCAUGAGCCGAGUGUAG